UUAGUUUAUUCAGUUUACAUUGCAAAGCGUGAGACAAAAGCAAAAUUUUGUCGCGUCAUAAAAGACAAUGUAUUUUUCAACUAGUGUUGUCAUUUUUUUAGAACUACUAUUGUUUAGAAAUAUUUUUUCACAAUUCGAUUUAUACGAAGGUGACGAUUGUACUACAAAAUCAUUUACAGGAAAAUGUUUGCUAUUGAGAAAUUGUCCGUCAGUUUAUCAAGAUCUUGUAAAAGGAAAGAGGCCGGAAAAAAUAUGCAGUUUUCUUAAUAGUGAUGAUGUCGUUGUAUGUUGUCCGAGUAAUAGAAAUAUUAUAACUACAACAUCGACGACGACUACGACACCAAGAACGACAAGGAGAACGGUAACUGGAGGAUUACCUCUCAAUAAUGGAAAUCAAAAGCGAAUUGCUGCCACAAAAUGCGAGGAGUAUGCAAGAAGUGUCUACGCCUUGGUGAUACCUCCAACUUUGGCUAUUGAUCCAAAACCUGUGAAUAUUUCUCUCUGUGGUAUAAAAUCGAAGAAAUUAAUUGUCGGAGGUGUUAAAGCAGAUCCUAAGGAAUUCCCACACAUGGCAGUCGUUGGAUAUGAUGACGACGAUGGUGGAAUUAGAUGGUUAUGCGGUGGAACUUUGGUUUCGGAAAUAUUCGUCUUAACAGCAGCGCAUUGCACUUACAGUGUUAAUUGGGGUGAACCAAAAUGGGUGAGAGUUGGAGAUUUGAAUAUAUUAAAAACGAAUGAAGACGCUAAACCACAGGAGAGACGAAUUGAAAGGAUUAUUAAGUAUCCUCAUUAUAAACAGCCAUCGCAGUAUCACGAUAUCGCUCUUAUUCGUAUGAAUAGAAAAAUAAUAUUUGACGCUUAUGUCAGACCCGCUUGUUUGCCAUUAAAUUUAGAAAUUCCCCAACAAAAAGUUAUAGCCACUGGAUGGGGUCUCAAAGAUUCUGAUGAUGAAACUGGUUCUGAUGAUUUGCUGAAAGUAACACUCUCUGUGGUUGCAACUGAAACUUGUAAUAUCAGUUAUCGCAACGAUCGAUCUGUAUUUAGUCGAGGAAUUUUAGACAAUUUGCAACUUUGCGCUGGAGAAGUAAAUAAGGAUACCUGUCAAGGAGACAGUGGAGGACCGCUUUCAAUUUACAACAGAGAACACGAUUGCAUGUACAGUGUUAUUGGAAUAACGAGUAUUGGAAAAUUGUGUGGAAUUAAUAUUCCAGGAGUCUAUACAAAAGUCUAUGGAUAUCUCUCUUGGCUUGAACAAAAUAUUUGGGGAUAAUAAGAAUCGUAAAAGUUAAAAUUAAAACUAAAAUUAAAUUUAGAAUUAAAAUAAAAAUUAGAGUUACAUAAUUAAUAAUGACAAUAUUGUCAUUGUAAAGUUUUUUUUCAGCAAAAACUGAAUGAAACUAAAUUUUUUCAGUCCACUGAAAGAAAACAUUGUCUGACUACACUGUGUACAAAAUAUUCUAAUUUAUUUUAUUCCGCAUUGACGAAUUUUUCCACACUCUUGUCAAUUAAUUAGUACUUUCAUAAAAAAAAAUUUUUUUCAUAAAUUUCAAUCACAAAAAAAAGUGUUCAUCAAUUUUUCAAUUUAAAAACUACUUUUUAUAACUGAAAAAUUAAUCAAUAUGGAAAUUUAUUUUUAAUGACGUAUUUUUUCCUUCAGUUCUCAUGAAAAUAAUAAUUCAAAAGAAUUUUUUUUUAUCGCAGACAAAAAGAAGGAAAAAAAAUUCUUUAUAGUGUGGGAAAUAAAUUGUAAUUAUUUAUUUUACAUUAAUGAAUGAAACUAAUUGAUGUUACGUUCCCUAUAAGACUUUAAAUUUAUUAUUAUUCUUUACUAAUUUUCUUAUUCAUUUUUUUAAAAAGUAAAUA